AUGAUCAGAGAACUUUGUAAUCUCUGCUUUGCGUCAACUUUAUUUUGUUAUGUUAUUGGACUUCAAGCCAAAUGUGGUUCUUUUUGUCCUGUGUCUUGGGCCUUAGUGUUGGGUUGUGGCCUGUGCUUGUUUUGCUCUGUUGAGCCCAUGCCCUUUAGGGCUCCCUUUUAUGGUGUUGGUGUAGGAGUAGUUCGACGGUUUUUGACGAAAUAUAUGAAAUUGACCUCUGUGUCGUUGUUCCCUUUUCUUGGUAUUCCGACGGAAUCAACAAGAUUUGUGGGUGCAUUUUUGUCAACCUUUCCUUAUUUCUUGGUAUUCUUAGGAAUCAACAAGUGUUGGGGUUUGGUUCUACAUCAGUUGGUAUCAGAGGCAGGUUCGUUCCGUAGGAUGCCGCCUAGGAAGCGUGGUAGUAGGAAUACCAGUGUUGGAGGAGAUCAGGGCAGAGGAGACAUGACUCGUUUGACUGAGCAGGUGGCUUCACUGACUCAACAAAUGUUUGGUAUUACAGCAGCUCUACAAGAGUUGAGACUGACUCGACAACCGCAGGAUCUGGAAGUGACUGCAACCGAAGGGUCUGAAGGGGAGCUUGAUAACCCUUUUGCUGAAGAAAGGCCAGGGGGGCGCCAGGGAGAAGUUAACCGAGGUGGAGCGGGAAACCAUUGGGAAGCGGGUAUUCGAGUGGAUAUUCCCGAGUUUACAGGAGGGUUAUGUGUUGAAGAGUUCACAGACUGGUUGUAUGCAGUAGAUGAAGUGCUGGAGUUCAAAGAAGUCCCAUCUCACAAACAAGUGGCGUUGGUAGCCACACGUCUUCGUGGCCAUGUAGCAGCUUGGUGGCAACAGUUCAAGGCUCAUCGCGCAAGGCAGGGAAAACAGAAAAUUGAAUCGUGGGAAAAGAUGAAAAAAAAUAUGCGUGAUACGUUCUUGCCAUAUAACUAUGUACGUACUAUUUAUCAGCAAUUGCAAAACUUACGAAUGGGAGUGUGUAGUGUGGAUGAUUACACUGCGGAGUUUUAUCAAUUGAUUGCUAGAAAUGACUUAACAGAAAUGGAGGAGCAGCUUGUGUCUCGGUAUGUAGGCGGAAUGCGGGUUCAAUUCCAAGACAUAUUGAACAUGUUUGAUAUAUUCACUGUGGCAGAAGCUUAUCAGCGUGCUAAACAAUUAGAGAACCGUUUGAGCAAAAAGAGUGGUGACUCCUUCUGGGAAGGAAGUAGGGUGGGUCGGACACCCAGUAAUUUACCCAACAUUAAACCAGGAAGCAGUGGUUCAGUGGGGGAAAAACAAGUAAUCUCAACUCCAACAAGUCGCGCUCCUAGUACUGGUUUCAAAUGCUUUAAAUGUGGAGAACCGGGGAAUCGUGCGAGUGAUUUCCGCAAAGGGGAUCGGGGAGGCAAGGCUCUCUUAGUUGAGCCUGAUAAUGAAGGUCAAGAUGAGUUUGAGGGUGAGUUAGAAUAUGAUCCAGACGGCAAGUAUGAUUUAACUGAAGAAUUAGUGCAGGGUGAUCGGGGCACCUCUCUAGUUGUUCGGAGAUCUUGUUACACACCCAGGGUGAUUGAGGGGGAGGAUUGGAUCAGGAGUGUCGUGUUCCAAUCAACGUGUACCAUUGGUGACAAAGUUUGCAGUUUCAUCAUCGAUUCUGGUAGUUGUGAGAACGUAGUGGCGGAGGAAGUUAUUCAGAAGCUGGGGUUAAAAGUAGAAGAACACUCGAAGCCUUAUGGAUUGGCAUGGAUUCAAAAGGGGGCUGAAGUGAAAGUGUCUAAGAGAUGCAAGGUUUGCUUCUCAGUUGGGUUAACUUACAAGGACCAGAUUUGGUGUGAUGUGGUGAGUAUGGAUGCUUGUCACUUGUUAUUGGGAAGGCCGUGGCAAUAUGAUCGACGUGUGAUACAGGAUGGGCGAAAAAAUACAUACAGUUUCAUAUUUGAGUCCACCAAGAUAGUGUUAUUGCCAAGUCAAGAAUCAAAAGGGAUCACUAGUUCGGGAGAUAAGAGUAACCUUCUUUCUCAUCGUCCUUUUGAGAAGGCAUUAUCUGAUUCCAGUGUGGUUUAUAUGUUGAUAUCUAAAGAAGUCAUGACUGGUACCAAAAUUCCAGCAGAAGUACGAGAUUUAUUGAUUGAAUUUGGGGAUGUUUUUCCAGAAGAUUUGCCUAUUGGUUUGCCUCUGUUGCGUGAUGUUCAACAUAGGAUUGAUCUCAUUCCUGGAAGUGUUCUUCCUAAUAGGCCGCAUUAUCGGAUGAGUCCGAGAGAACAUGAGGAAUUACGACGACAAGUGGAAGAAUUAUUGGGAAAUGGGUAUAUCCGAGAGAGCCUCAGUCCAUGCGUUGUACCAGCUCUUUUGACUCCAAAAAAAGAUGGGUCUUGGCGCAUGUGUGUGGAUAGUAGGGCUAUUAACAAAAUUACAACACGAUAUCGGUUUCCCAUUCCAAGACUCGAUGAUUUGUUGGAUCAAUUAACUGGCGCUGCUGUCUUUAGUAAGCUGGAUCUAAAGAGUGGUUAUCAUUAG